AUGCCAAAGCAGCCCACCAUACAUCGUCCAUAUCAGCGACCAGCGCCUUACAAUCUCCGAACGUCGACGACCAUGGUGACCAGCAUGCCACCGGCCAUGGCUCCCUGGAAUGGUCCACAAAUGCACAGCAUGGGUUACUCGGAUCACGGCCUUCAAUAUCACCAGCAACACAUGAUGCCCACCUAUCUGCCGGUCCCUAACGCCAUGCCGGCCGUUGCGCAAAUUCCAAGGGAGCCACUGCCCAAGCCCGGGCAAAGCGGGCCCUGGAGCAACGACGAGGACAGUGUUCUCAUGGAGGCCAAGCUGAAAGGCAUGUCCUGGGAAGAGAUACACCGGCAGCACUUUCCCGGGAAGUCGGCGAAUGCCUGUCGGAAGCGGCACGAACGGGUCCUGGCAAAGGUGCGCAACACCAAUUGGGAUGAAGCCAGGAUCCAAAGGGUAACCGAUGCAUACCACAAGCAUCGGAGCUCGAUAUGGGCGCCGCUCUGCAAUGAGCUUGGAGAAUCGUUGUCCGACGUCGAGAAAGUGAUGUUUCAACAAGGACUUCGAAAUUUGAGAAACCCUUCACGGUCCAGCCAUACGCGGAACCGAUCCCGGGCGAGCUCUGGCCAUGCGGGGGUGAGCGAGUAUGAGCGUGGCUCGUCGCUUGACGAACCGUUUGACCAUGCCGACGACAGUGGCAUCAGCCUUGGCAACCCGUUGCAUAGUCGUCGACCCAGUGAGAUGGGUCAAGCCAUGUCGUCCUCGGUGGAGAGCCUUCCAUCGGUGGGCCACCUCCUCUCGGAAGCAGGAGGUUAUCACUAUACGACGUGA